AGCUUUUGAAGUCUAUUUUUAUAAUUGAGUGGUCUCAAUUCGAGAGGAGAGAGCAAUCAUCCAAAAAUCGAUCUGGAACGAGCAGAGGUCUGUGAACUCGAGCUGUGAGAGUGCUGAGACUGUUUGGUCGAUAUCUCGAGUUUUACAAAUCCAAUUAAGGCGUGUGAGAUACCCACAGAAAGCUCUCAAGACGAGGAAUCCGUGAAGGUCUGGUUUGCAGGAAUCGGAGUUGUGGAAGGCUUCCAAAUCGUCCGAGAAAAACGCAACCUCGCAGGAGAGGAUUCAAUCCUCUAAAGAAUCGAGUUAGCCGGAAAACACCCGUUCUAGGGGCUGUUUUUGUAUCAACGAUUCGGAUUUGAAAUAGCAACUUGAGGAGGCUGUUUAGCACCCAUUUUCAAGUAAGGAACUAGUUCCCAAUCUUCCUUAGCCGAGGCUUUGGUCAUUGGAUCGAGAAGGAAAGUUUUAAAGCUCAUUUGAGUUUCAGGUAGGACUUGAAGGUUGCUACCACGCCCGUUGUUUCGGGAAGGUCAAAGGAGGAGGACGUGGUUCGUGCUUCUUCCGUUUCUGUUUUAAACAAUUACAAUAAUGCUCAUGGAAAUUAUUUUGAAUACUAUUUGGGGGCUUGUAUGCCCAUGUUUGCCACGUGUGGCUUGAAUACGUGUAUUAAUGUUUCCGCUGCUUUAAAUGAAUAUUUUACAUUAUGUUUGUUUAUGGAUGUACUAUGUGUGAAUGGUAUUCAAGACGCCUAGUAUAGUAUGGAUGAGUUGGACUGCGGUUGACUAUUCGUACUGUACGGCGGGUUGUUGACGUGUCCGGUAGGUCCGGGGCGUGACAAUUUAAUUGGUAUCAGAGCCUUAGUCCGUAAACUUCAUAAUGAAGCUUCAAAAUCUCUUUUUGAAAAACGAAUUUGAAAACCAUGAGCAUAAAAGUUUUGUACUUAUAGAACUUUUGGUACUUGAGUUGCAAAGUCUCUAAUUGUUAAGAUGGUACCCUUAACAAUUGGUAUGACGGUGAUUUGAGCCGAAAGGUGUCUUUAAGUACCUAUCCGUCACUUGACACUUGAUACGAGCCUAAUGGCUCAUUCUAAACUUCUUUCAGAAAUGGAACGCACCGGUAGAGUGACUCGACGGAACCCGACUGGCCAGGUGCUGGGAGGAUCCCAACGUGGCAGUCAGGGGGGAUCAAGAGAGUCUGGGGGACAGGGCCGAGCAAGCCACUCGCUGACCGUGAGUGGCGGUCACGUGGAAACAAUAGAUGAGCACUAUGAGUCCGAGGAGGAUUCAACUUACCAACCGGGAACUGAGCCGGUUGACACCCCAUAUGAUGGGGAACACGAUGAUGCUAGUGAUGAGAGUGAUGAUAAUGACGCUCUUGAACGGAUUGAGGAAUUGCUCCGGCAAUACCAACAAGAUCGCCAAAGGCGCCGGGCAAGGCGUGCUUUGGAAGGGGCUUCGAGGAGAGGAAGCCGCGCGACUCCUAGGGAGAGCAUUGAACUCCGAGGAGGUCGAGGUGCCGAGGUUCCUAUCAUAAGGAUCUCAAAGUACCUAAAGGAGGCAAGAGACUUGGGAUGUAAACCGUUUGAUGGAACGGGAGACAUCUCCGUGGCGGCCGAGUGGAUCAAGAGAUUCAAUGAAGCGGCCCUUGAUAUGCAGCUGCCACCCCAUAUGAAGAUGAGAGUGGCAACAAGAUUGCUAGAAGGAAUGGCGUCCACGUGGUGGGACGGUGUCAAAGGGAAGUACGGUGAGGCGGUCACUUGGGAGAACUUCAGGCAAGAAUUCUUUAGCCAAUACUACUCCGACUUCGAGGUGAACUUGAAGAGGAGGGAGUACACGAAUUUGACCCAAGGAGGGGAAUGCACGGUGAAGGAACUUGAACACAAGUUCAGAAAGCUUGCUGAGUUCAUACCGGAGUACAUUUGUGAUGAAAAUCGGAUGGUGAACCAUUUCUGGGAUGCCUUGGACCUUGACAUACGUGAGAGGGCAACACAAUUGCCUAAUAUGACAUUUAGUCAAGUGGUGGAACAAGGUUUAAAGGGAGAGAAGGAGUGGGAAGAGAGGAAGCGAAGAAAUGCCGAGGAGGCAAAGAAAAGAAAAUGGGAGAACCAUGGCCCCCAAGGUUCAAACAAGAAGAUGAAUCACGGGGGAGGAGGAUCCUUCAGGGCACCCGCACCACCAUCAAGGGGGAAUCCCAACAUGGGCGGGCAAAACUCGGGGUUACAAGCCUCGACGAAGCCUAAGUGCAGGAAUUGCAAGAGAAAUCACGAGGGCAAAUGUCGUGAUCCCCCACGGUGCUACCAAUGCGGAGAUACGGGGCACAUAAGGCCUAAUUGCCCUCAACUUGGUGGGAACCGGUCAUCAGGACCAAACGUGGCAACCACGGUGAGUAGAAACCGGGGUGGGGCACCCAAUGCAAGCACGAACCACGGCGGGGCAAGUACAAGCAACGCACCCUCCGUGAACCAAGGAAGGACUCAGGCGAGAGUGUACGCAAUGACCGAGGCCGAUGCUCGGGCUAAUCCCGACUGCGUCGCAGGUAAUACACUUAUUCUGGUCAUUUCUAGGCUUACUUUGAUCAUAUACGUCGUUGGGAUUGAGUACGGGCCACCCCGGGGUCAAACCGGGUGAGUUAGGCCUAAUCGGGCUGGAAACAGCCACUGCUGGCCAGGCACGCCCGCAGGCACGCCGUGCCUGGCAUCGUGCCUGGAAGGCAGUGGCACCCGAAGAAAAAAAAAAAAAAAAAAAAAAAAAAAAAAAAAAAAAAUUUGGGCCAGGCACGGCCGCAGGCACGCCGUGCCUGGCGUCGUGCCUGGAAGGCAGUGGCGCCCCGAAGAAAAUUUGGCCAGGCACGGCCACAGGCACGCCGUGCCUGGCACCGUGCCUGGGAGGCAGUGGCGAGCAUGGGGACUCCUAUGCACGCACGGCCGUGCGUGCUACCCAGGCACGCCGUGCGUGAACCCCCGGCAACCGAAAACUUAGUUUUUCACUCCGUUCUUCUACGUUUGGACCCCCGUUUGAUUCCAAACAUUAAUAUGAACCUAAUAACCUCCUAAUGAUGUGUAAAAACAUUAGAAAAGGUAUCUCACAUGGUGUAUACAUGUAAGAACAUUAAAGAUCAAUGGUAGGUGCGCGAGGAUCCUUAUCGAUACCGGAGCGCAACGUUCAUUCGUAAGUAAGGCGUUCGCCGAGGGCUUAGAGAUACAAUCAAUACCAAUGACGCAAACCUUAGUGGUAUCAACACCACUAGGGGAAGACGUUGAAAGAACCAAGUACUAUCCAUCUUGUGUGGUGGAAAUCGGUGGCCAAACCUUGACGUGUGAUUUCGUACCGCUGAGUAUGAUGGAGUUCGAUGCAAUCCUAGGGAUGGAUUGGCUAGAAAAGCAUCAUGCUAGGGUAGAUUGCUACACAAAGGUCUUGGAACUCGAAGGCAACGAUGGGGAUACCCUACGCUUCGAGGGGGACCGAGGCAAAUCAAACAGCUGUAUCAUAUCCGCUGUGAGGGCGAGAAGUAUGAUGAGAAAGGGAUGCCACGCUUAUCUAGCAUACGUGGUUGACAAGACCAAGGAGGAAUCGAACAUCGACGACGUGAGGGUGGUUGGUAAGUACCCGGAUGUCUUCCCAAAGGACCUGCCGGGGCUUCCACCUGGUAGGGAGAUUGAAUUUGUGAUCGAGGUCGAGCCCGGCACCAAACCAAUCUCCAUACCGCCAUACCGUAUGGCACCCGCUGUACUUAACGAGUUGAAAACCCAAUUGCGAGAGCUUUUGGAUAAUGGUUUCAUUAGACCAAGCCACUCCCCGUGGGGAGCACCGGGUCUUUUUGUGAAAAAGAAAGAUGGGACACUUCGAAUGUGCAUUGACUAUCGUCAACUGAACAAGGUCACAAUCAAGAAUAGGUAUCCUUUGCCUAGGAUUGAUGACUUGUUUGAUCAACUACGAGGAGCAACCGUGUUUUCGAAGAUUGACUUGAGGUCGGGGUACCAUCAAUUGAAGAUUAAGGAAGACGACAUACCAAAGAGUGAUUUCCGCACAAGGUAUGGGCAUUUUGAGUUCCUGGUUAUGUCGUUUGGGUUAACAAACGCCCCAGCGGCAUUCAUGGACUUGAUGAACCGAGUAUUCCAUAAAUACUUGGAUCGAUUCGUGAUUGUGUUCAUAGAUGACAUCUUGAUUUACUCAAAGAGUGAGGAAGAGCAUGAAGAGCACUUGAUACUCGUUCUUGAGACACUACGGGAGAAGCAACUCUAUGCCAAAUUUUCUAAGUGUGAAUUUUGGCUAAAGGAGAUUGGCUUUCUCGGGCACGUGGUUUCAGGAUCGGGAAUUGCUGUUGAUAACAAGAAGAUAGAGGCCAUUACUGAAUGGGAGCGGCCGGAGAACGUCAAGGGAAUUCGUAGUUUCCUUGGAUUGGCAGGCUACUACAGAAAGUUCAUGGAGAAGUUCUCUGUUUUGGCAUCACCAUUGACGAAGCUCACUCGUAAAGGAGCUAAGUUUGUAUGGGAUGAUAAAUGUGAGAAAGGGUUCAUGGAACAAAAAAAAAAAAAAAGAGAUUGACCGAGGCACCGGUACUUGCAUUACCCAAACAGGGUGUGGGGUACGAUGUCUAUAGCGAUGCGAACAUCCAAGGGUUUGGGUGUGUGUUGAUGCAGGAGGGGGAGAGUAAUUGCCUAUGCUUCACGACAGUUGAAGAAGCAUGAGGUAAAUUACCCUACCCAUGAUCUGGAGCUGGGAGCAGUAGUGUUUGCACUGAAGGUUUGGAGACAUUAUCUCUACGGAGAGACAUGUCACAUAUAUACUGAUCAUAAGAGCUUGAAGUACGUGUUUACUCAGAAAGAGUUAAACAUGAGACAGAGACGGUGGAUGGAGUUGAUAAAGGACUACCAUCUAGUUAUUGAGUACCAUCCAGGUAAGGCAAACGUUGUAGCAGAUGCCCUCAGUCGGAAGAGUUCGUCUGGGGCAUUGUUGACUAGUUUGAGGGCACUGAGGGCCCAAUUGGAUGUAUCUAGCGACGGUGCCUUAUUGGCAUGAUUCGAGGUGAGACCGACCUUACUUGAUGAGGUCAAGAAGGGUCAAGAGACUGACAUAGAACUUAUAAAGGUCCGGGAACGCAUGCAAGCGGGACUGGUGGAGGAUUUCAGGGAAAGAGAUGAUGGUCUCUUGUUAUUUCGUGACCGAGUGUGUGUACCGUCAGAUGAGGAGCUCCGAAAGUCCAUCUUAGAGGAGGCUCAUUCAUCGGCUUAUGCCAUGCACCCGGGGGGCACGAAAAUGUACCGUGAUUUGAAAGGAAGUUACUGGUGGUCUGGAAUGAAGAGGGAAAUAGCCGAGUACAUCAGUCGAUGCCUUACUUGUCAGCAGGUUAAGGCAGAACAUCAGCAAGAAAGGUGAAGAAACAGAGGAGUAAAGAAGUCCCAAUGGUUAAAGUACCUUGGAAGAGCGACCGGGUCGAAGAAGAGACAUGGGAAACAGAGGCUUUGACGAGGAAGCAGUAUGCUUUCCUAUUCAAGUAGAGCUGUGAAUUUCGGGGACGAAAUUCCUGUUAAGGGGGGGUGAACUUGUGACACCGCACCCGAACGUCCUUGAAAAAAAUUCAAGUUAAAAAUUCAAAGUUUACGUAUUGAAUUUCUGAUUCCCAAAAAAAAAUUGUAAAUGAUUGAUGAUUUUACGUAAUUAAUGAUCGAUUAUUAUACCGUCCGAACUCGCAUAUUAGUGUCGGGCUUGUGAAUACUCAUUUGGGCCUUAUUAAUAAAUAAAAGAGCCUAACAUUAUCUAAGUAGCGAUACAUAACGUUUCAGGACAAGUUGAAGAAGGGCGGGCAGCCCAGAUAUUAUUUUGGGCUCAACCCGCUAAAAUAGCAAGUAUUCGAGGACGGCGUCGUAGGCCCACUCGGGGGCGACCCACACGGCUAGUAGCCCGAUAAUAUGGAUAACAAAUGUCAAAAUAAGUGAUAGGAUGAUUUGAGAAGAAUACAAAUGCCUAUAACCCCACCUUUGGCCUUAUUGAGCUAAAUAAUGGGAGUAGGAUUUUCCUUCUAUAAUAUCUAUCAAGUAAAUUAUUGGGAUGAGCCUACACAUAUUGGAGAUCAAUAAUGUGAUUUGAGAAGUUGACUUGUUCUAAAUAAAUUAGGAUGAGUACAAAAAGACAUCUUUUGACAAAGAUAAAACAAUAGGACCCAUUUUCCCCAUUUUUGGAAGCAUUGGUAGAUAAUUUGGAUCCCAAAAUGAUUGGGAUCAAUUGGGAACCACUCCACAUGAUAUUAGUACCUGCAAGACAAAUAAAAAUGGGUUAGUAGACUUACCUUGGCCGGCCAUUAUGGAGAAGAGCUGCACAUGACUUGAUAAGAAUCAAAGUUUGGGGCCACCACUCUUAUUUUCGCACAAAUUGGUGUGCUGUUUGUCUCCUCUCAUUAUAGGAGCUAUCCUCAACCAAAUAACGUGUAUGAGGUGUCCUUGGAUAGCUUUUGAAGUCUAUUUUUAUAAUUGAGUGGUCUCAAUUCGAGAGGAGAGAGCAAUCAUCCAAAAAUCGAUCUGGAACGAGCAGAGGUCUGUGAACUCGAGCUGUGAGAGUGCUGAGACUGUUUGGUCGAUAUCUCGAGUUUUACAAAUCCAAUUAAGGCGUGUGAGAUACCCACAGAAAGCUCUCAAGACGAGGAAUCCGUGAAGGUCUGGUUUGCAGGAAUCGGAGUUGUGGAAGGCUUCCAAAUCGUCCGAGAAAAACGCAACCUCGCAGGAGAGGAUUCAAUCCUCUAAAGAAUCGAGUUAGCCGGAAAACACCCGUUCUAGGGGCUGUUUUUGUAUCAACGAUUCGGAUUUGAAAUAGCAACUUGAGGAGGCUGUUUAGCACCCAUUUUCAAGUAAGGAACUAGUUCCCAAUCUUCCUUAGCCGAGGCUUUGGUCAUUGGAUCGAGAAGGAAAGUUUUAAAGCUCAUUUGAGUUUCAGGUAGGACUUGAAGGUUGCUACCACGCCCGUUGUUUCGGGAAGGUCAAAGGAGGAGGACGUGACGCCUAGUAUAGUAUGGAUGAGUUGGACUGCGGUUGACUAUUCGUACUGUACGGCGGGUUGUUGACGUGUCCGGUAGGUCCGGGGCGUGACAGAAGAGAGAUAAGGGAGAAAGCUAAACUGCUAGGGGACCAAUUCAAUGCUACGAGGAUGUCCGUUUCGGCCCGGUCAUGACGAAGACGAGUACUAGAGACAGUGCUUCGAGCUAAGUGAGGGGGAGUCACUCAUUGUCUUUUUCAGGUUCAAGAUAUUAUUAAGCAAGGCUAUUAUUGGAGAGUUGGAAAUGGGCUGGAUAUCAACAUAUGGACUGAGCCUUGGCUUCCGGAUAAAAGUCAAUCCAAAGUAGUGACUACUCCUGUAAUGGGGCUGGAGCAAGCUCAGGUCGGGAACCUUAUGUGCGCUGGGGAAAAGAGGUGGGAUCUGGACCUUCUCAAAGACUUAUUUGUGCAACGGGAUGUUGAUAUCAUUCAGGGAAUUCCGUUAAGCCAUAGGAAUGUACCAGAUAGAGUGUGCUAGAGAUGGGAGAACUCGGGCCAGUUCUCUGUUAGUAGUUGUUACUGUGCUAUAACUGGAGAGAUUGCAUCUGGGGAUUGGGUCGGGUGGUCGGAGAUGUGACGGUGGAAAGUGCCACCAAAGGUGAAGCAGUUCUUCUGGCAAGCAUAUUGCGGUCUUCUCCCGAUGAAGGAUAAUCUCAUGGUCCGGAGAAUAAAUUGCACAAGAUGUUUGUGGUUUGUGUGGGAUGAAUGUAGAGUCUCUAUUUCACUUGUUCAUUUCUUGCUCAAUAUCGAAGGAAGCUUGGAACUCGGUAGGAUGGAGCUGGACGGAUUCUGCUGCGGGGUCUUUUCUGGAGCAAAUCCGACGGGAAUUUCAAAUGAAGAAUACUGAGGACUUAUGCAAGCUGAUUUGGGGGGUUGUGGAUUAUGGGGAGAGCGAAAUAACAGAAUCUUGGGGAGCUUGUACUAAUCCGAAGCAGGUCAUGAGGAAAGCUCGGGUGUAUGUCGAGGGUUGGCGUCUUGCUCAGAAAGGUGCAGGCGGGCAGACCAGCCACGGAGGAAUGGACACUCUAUGUGUUGGAAAAAUCCAGCUCCUGGUAGGCUGAAACUGAAUGUGGAUGCGGCAAUCAGGGAAAAUAGGAGCGUGCUGGGUUGGAUUCUUAGAGAUGAUUCUGUUAAUUUUAUUGCAGGUAUGUCGAAGGUCUGGAUAGGAGUCUUGUCUCCGUUGGUAGCUGAGUUGAUAGGGAUUCGGGAAGCUUUGAGCUGGGCUAAAGGAAGAGGAUGGGAUCGGGUGGACGUGGAGUCAGAUUCAUCAGGAGCAAUUUCGGAGAUACUAAAGGAGUCAAGCAUUUCCUUAGUAGGCGUCUUGGAUGGUGAUAUUCGAGAGAUAGCAUCUUGUUUUAUGGACAUCUCUUUUUUUCAUGUCAAGCGAUCAGCGAACAGGGCAUCUCACGAAUUAGCUAAAGCUGCUUGUUCUGUGUUUGAUUGUAUUUGUAUGAGCGUUUUUCCUCCUCACUUUAUUACUCAUGUAUUAAACACCAAUUCUUUGAAUGCAAGUUAAUCUUUUUCUUUUCAAAAAAUUGAGGUGGAAG